AUGUCCGUCGCAACCCCCUCGCCCCUUUAUCCGUGCCUCCGACGGACGGGCUCGAGGCCGAGUAUCCAACUCGACACAUCCAACCUCAACAUGUGCGAUCAACAGCAACCAUCGUGUGGCCCGUGCAAACACUCUAAGCUUGUCUGCGGAGGCUAUCAGAGGGCCCGCAUCUUCGUCAACAGCAGACCGGAGCAUGAUCAAGUAGUUUUGACGUCACCAACUGCCUUGUUGUUGCUGGAGCGAUCUUUGGGAUGCACCGCGUUGGAGAGAAAGUACUUGGACUUUUACUGGACCACUCUCCUUCCCAAUGGUCAGCCGUUUACGCCUCGAGCGGUACGAUACUCGACUACCAGCUGGACUGGAGUCGUACAAGACCUGGGUCAACGACAAGGUCUCGUGCACCUGGCCUUGCUUACCAACGCCCUGGGCCUGCUCGGCCAGGUGAGCGGGCAGCAGCCGAUCAUCAUGCAAGGAUGGCGCUUGUACGGCAGAUCCUUGCAAGCACUAGCCAAGUCGAUCCCUGCCAAAGGUCAAGAAGGUAGUGACGGUCUACUGGCGGCGUCGGGACUCUUGCGUGCAUACGAGGUAUAUGCGGACAUCCACCUUCGAAAGCGAUCUAUAUUUAGUUCUCCAGCAUGGAAGUCAAUUCCGUGGCCCCUGCAUCCUAUGGGUCCCAGAGAUAAAUUGUUGGAUAUCAUGAUCGAGGUUCCAGCUCUGCUAGAAGACCUUGAAGGCCUCCUUGGAUGUCUAUCUGGCGAAGUGGAAACACAAGCGCUCCUUCGCCAGCAACUGGAAGAGAGGUGUUGGCUCUAUCAUAGUCAGCUGCAGACAUGGUCGGCCAAUUCGGGCUCGUCCACAAUCGCUUUUGUGGAGGACAAGAUCUCCAAUGGCCCCCAUGAGAGUUCGAAGCCUUCUUCUGAACACUUCGCAAUGGCUCAUCUGGGCAUAAUCUACUUAGCAACGUACAAUAUCAUACAUGACGUUCUGUGGUACGUUGCCGGAAAUGGUCGUGCGGGUCUCUCAGCGUGCAUUGAUCCCAGACUGUACUGCCGCAAGAUUGUGAUGCUUAUGCCCUUCCUCCAACGCCCUGCUGUGGGUGCGUUUUUCUUGAACAUCGCCGGCUUCCCUGCCGCUGAGGCUGUGAGUUUCCUUGCCAGGCAAGAUUCACAACGCGAGGUCUCUGAAGAGCGCAGAUUGCUUCAGAAAGCCUUUCAAGGCAACCGUGGGACUCAACUGCGGAAUUUUCUGAGAACCUAG